GGUUCCUCAGCCGUUGCUUCCGGUCGGAAUCGGGGUGGUGAUGCGACUGUCGGUGGCUGCCGCGAUAUCCCAUGGCCGCGUGCACCGGCGGCUCGGGCUCGGGCCACGCUCGCGCCUCGACAUGCUGCGGAACCUGGUGACGGCGCUGGUGCGGCACGAGCGUAUCGAGACGCACUGGGCGCGCGCGGACGAGAUGCGGUUUUACGCGGAGCGGCUGAUCGACUACGCCAAGCGGGGAGACGCGGACGAGAAGGCCAUGCGCAUGGCUGACUUCUGGCUGACGGAGAAAGAUCUCAUCCAUAAGCUGUUUAAACUGUUGGCUCCACGUUUCCAGUCUUAUUCUGGGAACUAUACACGACUGCUUCAGAUCCCCAAUCGAGAGAACCUGGAUCAGGCCAAGAUGGCUGUGAUUGAAUACAAGGGGAAUCCUUUCCCACCACUCAUCGUUCUACACAAGGACAAUGAAAAGACCUUGCUCAAUCAGCUUCUGAAAGGCUACCGUGAAGACAUAUUAAAGACCAGAGCAACCCAGGUCCCCGAGGGGGCUGCAGCCUCAGUGCACACAGGGACUGCAGUGUAGUGCAGCAUUUUCUUCCCUUUUUGAUCGUAGAGGUUGAAUGGGCAAUCUAUACAUUAGGACACAGAGAUUCCACUGAAGGAAGGAAUCAGAGCCUUAAACUUCAAUACUUGCCUCACGUGAGAGCAAUGGGUUCAGUUACCAGACUUACUUUGCAGGUGUCCUGGUUUCUAUUCACAGUUCCUGAGGCUGGGUUUUACUCUUGGGCUUGUUCCGUAGGAUUAUGCAGGGAGCAUGAAUUCAAGUCCCAGUUCUUUCUUUCUGUGGUAUAAGUAGAAGUCCAAUUGGAGGGGUAAAUUAUGCUGUGUAACCUAACCCUUGAUAGCCUCUGUAAAUAAAUGCAGAAAAGGAAGUUUCUUUA